AUGACAGCUGCUCCAGAUGCUCCCUGCCUGUCAGAGCUUGGUGGACUCCCCAACAGGAACAUCAGUCUCAUCUCCGGCACCCGACCCUGCAACCGGAGCACCAUCAGGUCCUCGCCCUACACCCCACAAGCCACCGCAGCCUUCUCCAUUGCCAUCACCUUCAUGAUGAUCCUGACCAUCGUCGGGAACAUCCUGGUCAUCAUUGCCGUCCUGACGUCCCGAUCCUUGAAGGGGGCUCAGAACCUUUUCCUGGUGUCGCUGGCUGCAGCGGACAUUUUAGUCGCCACGCUUAUUAUUCCUUUCUCGUUGGCAAACGAGCUGCAGGGCUACUGGGCGUUUAGUUCUAUUUGGUGUGAAAUCUAUCUGGCGCUGGAUGUUCUCUUCUGUACCUCCUCCAUUGUGCACCUGUGUGCAAUAGCUCUGGACCGUUACCUGUCAAUCUCUAAGCCCGUGUCCUACGGUGCCAUACGUACUCCCACGCGCAUCAAGGCGGCCAUUAUUGUCGUCUGGCUGAUCUCUGCUGUCAUCUCUUUCCCUCCUCUUCUCACCCUGGACAAGAGUGAAGGAGGCGAAGACGUUUGUGAACUAAACAACGAGCGCUGGUACAUUCUCUACUCGACCAUUGGAUCGUUCUUUGCCCCCUGUGUGAUAAUGAUCCUGGUGUAUGUGAGGAUUUAUCAGAUCGCUAAGCAGCAUACUCGCUGCCCACCUGGACAGAAGCAAAAAGAGGUGGCAGGAGGAAACGCCAGAGGGACAAAUAGUGAGCCUGUGGCAAAGUUAUUUGACCAGUCACAACAGAACGGGGAUCAAGGAGGUAUGACUGCCAGCCAGCGAGAAAAAGCUCUUACCAAAAUGUCUGGCUCGGAUUCCAUCCCGUUAUCACUCCAAAAACUGCCCAAGAGCACCACGAGCCAGGACACUCAGCACUACCCUCCUCAUUCAUGUGCCGCUCCAGCCCAAAAAUCCUCCUCUUCAAUUCCCCAGUGUGACAGCCAAAUCUUCUCAGCCGUUCCAAACAAAGAGUCCCAGAAACAUCCUGUCAAAGUAGGGGAAGUGCUUCAUGACAACACCUCCAGCUCUGGCUCUGAGCUGGAGAUUGGUGAGGAAGGUGUUCUCAAAGAGGACAGCAAAGGAGAGAUGAGCAAAACUGACGAGCAAACUUUGGGACUGCCCCAAAGCAAGGUAUUCAAACUUCAGGUGCUAAACCUGGCCAGCAGAUACAAAAACACUAUGGCCACAUCAUCUGGCACCAAACUGGUAACUGAGGGAACGCCCACAACUCAGGGCACGCCCAUUUCCCGCCGUAAAGCCAUGGUGAACAGGGAGAAGAGGUUCACCUUCGUCUUGGCCGUAGUGAUGGGAGUGUUUGUGAUCUGCUGGUUCCCCUUCUUCCUCUCUUACUCUCUUCAGGCAGUGUGCCCUGAGACUUGCAGCAUCCCCAACCCUUUGUUCAAAUUCUUCUUUUGGAUUGGGUACUGCAACUCCUGCCUCAACCCGGUCAUAUAUACCAUCUUCAACAAGGAUUUCAGAAAGGCCUUCAAGAGGAUACUGUGCAGGAACACAAAGGGUACAUUCUUCUAGAAAUUAAAGUAUAAUUGUGUUUUGAACUGCGGAUGGACAGAAAGACCUCUAUCAAAAAUGACUUCUUUUCUUUCUAUACUUUCUGUAUUUGACCAGGAUCGACCUUCUGCAGCAUAGACAUAAAC